GAUCCACACGUACCAGACGAGCUACAGAGACAACGUAGAAACCGGAUCGAAUUGGACUAGUUACGGACAACACCGGAAAAGACAAUAAAAAGGCAAGAAGCACAUUACGAGAUACAGACACGAUGGAGUACUUGACGAAACAACCCGAGAAUCUCAAUGCAAUCCAGCGAUUUGGGCGCUGGCUUCGGCUGAAGCAAUACCAGAUUGAGGUCACUUUCGGCGUCUACAUGUUUACGCAGACAGAGAGGUUUAUAUUUUGGUCUAUCGUGUUCCUCCUGUGCAGUUUAUUGAUGAUCGCCACCGUCCUCUAUCUCCCGCAGCACGUCCUCUUCAUCCUCAACCGCGCUUGGUUCUACGUCAACGGCGGUGAGAGCGGCUUCGCAUCCAACUUUAUCGCCGGCAAGAAGGACGCUCUAUCACUGGCGACCAAAUCUACGACCACCACUAUGGCAGCAGCUACCGAGGUCGCCGAGUCUAUAAUUCGGGAAUUGUGAUGCGCAAAGUCCUUACGAGUCUCGAGAAAAGACGGCCUUUCCUAGACAUCACGCAGAUGAUAAAUGAUCCACGUAAUAAUUGUAAUUAGCCGGCCUGGCCAAAAAGGGGGCGAGUUGCGGCGUUAAUGUGU